AUGUCCGCCGUCGCCUCGUCCUCCAAGUCUCCGGCGCUGAAGUACCCGCCGGAAUCGCCGUCGCUUCUCCCCAAAGCAUGCCUCAGCGGAAUCAAGGGUCUUCAGAGUCUGGAUCCAGCGCGAUUCGUCACGCGCAUACCGAUCUUGUGUGCUCGAGUCGAUCCGGCAAAGGUUGCCGAGUUGAAGCGGCAUCCUAUGCUUCGAGGGCAGAUCAUCGACGUCAAGCGGAUACCGUCCGUCAUCCCCAUACCUGGCAAGCAGGAGAAAUUACUCCGGCUAAGAGUGGAAUCGGAAGACGAGCUGCCAGCUACCGUCCGGGAAUUCUUGCUUGCCAAGACGGAAGGGUUCGAGAAGGACGUGCUGGAGCUAGGAUAUGACUACUGGAGUGCAUCGGAUGUCUUGAAUGCUAUUCUGCCGGACACGGCCACCGGAGACCCGCCUUCAUCUUUCACCCAGACUGGACAUAUAGGACAUGUCAAUCUCCGAGACGAAUGGUUGCCCUAUAAGCACCUCAUUGGACAGGUCUUACUGGAUAAGAAUCACCAGAUGCGCACGAUCGUCAAUAAGCUGGACACGAUCCACGCCGAGUAUCGAUAUUUCGAUAUGGAGGUCUUAGCUGGCGAGCCAGAUUUCGUAGCUACAGUGAACGAAGGCAAUUGCACCUUCACCCUCGACUUCCGCUCCGUCUACUGGAACUCUCGCCUCGGCAACGAACACGACCGCCUCGUCUCGCUCUUCGCCCCAGGGGAGGUCGUAGCGGACGUCAUGGCUGGUGUCGGACCUUUCGCUAUCCCAGCAGCCAAGAAGGGAUGUCGGGUACUAGGGAAUGAUCUGAAUCCGGAGGGCGUCAAGUGGAUGGCUGUCAAUCGGGAGAAGAACAAGGUCCAAGCGAAUCUGCGCGUGUCCGAGACCGAUGGCCGAGCUUUCAUUCGGUCUGCGCCAUUAUCUAUCUGGAACGACCCCUUCCCGCCUGUUCAGAUCCCUACGUCCCGGAAGAAGAGGGAAAAGGCCGCUCGGCUCGCGCGUACCGGCGAUUCUUCCACCUCCACGUCAGAUCCAGCUUCAGCCGACGCUGUUUCCCCAUCCUCAUUACCACCACCACCGUCCGUAGCCGCGCCCUCCGCUUCAGUCCCCUCAGCGCCAGCGCCAGUCGAGCCGGAACGACAAGAAGUAUCUCACUUCGUCAUGAAUCUCCCCGACUCGGCGUUGACCUUCCUCGACGCGUACCGAGGUGCCUACAACGCCCUCGCUUCGGAAGCUAAGGCGGACGGGUACGAUCCCAGAUCUGCCAAAAUGCCUAUGGUGCAUGUUCACUGCUUUACGCGGGAGAUGGAACGUCCCGGCGCCGAGAAGGACAUCUGCCAGAGAGCCUCAAAGUAUCUCAAGUACCCGCUCGACAUGUCUGCUCCAGAGCUGAACCUCCACUUUGUCCGCUCCGUUGCGCCCAACAAGGACAUGUACUGCCUAUCGUUCAGAUUGCCUCGGGAAGUGGCCUUUGCGCGAGAUUAG